CAAACAGCCCCACUCAGAGACCUUGAACUCUCAUCAGCUCCUGCAGAAGAAGGUGAGCCUGGCUGGGAAGAGACCCAGAGAUCUGCGCGGUCCUGAUCCCGGCCCUUCCCUGACAUAAACAUGGCUGGCUGUGAAAACGCUGCUCUGAGGAUCGUUCUGGUAGGAAAGACAGGAAGUGGAAAGAGUGCCACGGCCAACACCAUCCUGGGGGAAAAGAGAUUUGUUUCACAAAUUUCUGCCCAAGCUGUUACCAAGACCUGCCAGAAAGCAUCCCGGACAUGGAACAGGAGAGAACUAGUUGUUGUUGACACUCCUGGGCUCUUUGAUACCAAGGAGACCAUGAAUAAAACAUGUGAAGAAAUCAGCCGCUGUGUCCUCUCCUCCUGCCCUGGGCCUCACGCCAUCAUCCUGGUUCUGCAGCUGGGCCGCUACACAGAGGAAGAAAAGAGGACUGUUGCUUUGAUCAAGGCUCUCUUUGGGGAGGCAGCCAUGAAGUACGUGAUUGUCCUGUUCACUCGCAAAGACCAACUUGAGGGCCGGACCCUUAAUGACUUUUUAAAAGAAGACUCAAAGCUGAGCAGCCUCAUCCAGGCGUGUGGGAGCCGCUGCCUGGCCUUUAACAACACAGCAGGGGAGGCUGAGAAGGAAGAUCAAGUGCAGGAGCUGGUUCAGCUGAUAGAGAGAAUGGUGCGGGGCAAUGGAGGGACUUACUUUUCUGACAACAUAUACAAGGAUGCGGAGGGAAGGGUGAGCCGAUGUCUAAGAGAUUUGGAGAAGGAAUACACGGAUCAAUUCAAUGAGGAUAUCAGAAGAAUAAAACAGGAAUAUUCAAAUAAAUUAAAAGAACAACUGAGAAAAAUUGAAGAAAUAGAGAGAGGCCAUGAUGAAAGAAUGAGAAAUAUAAGGGAAACAGCUGAGGAGAAUGCAUUUGAAGGAUUUUUUAAAUAUAUAUGGAAAAAAAUUUCAAAUUUUUUGCGCAUGCUGUGGUGAUGAUGCAAAUUACAUUUGUUUUUUAUUAAUUACAUUUGUUC